AUGCUACCACCACCACCAUACCACCCCACUACACCCACACCCACCCACCCACCACCAGCCAGAGGAGCUCGGUUGGCGAUGCCAACGAAGGAUACGUUGCCGCUAGUGGCUGAGGAAUUGGGCGCUGCCUCUUUUGUUGAGUCUCUGGACGAUGGCGGAGGGGAGAAGAAGUCGGAAGGGGACGGCGAAACCGAGUCUGCAUCCAAACGCGUCAUCAGGAAACUCGCCACAGGAACCACCGACGAAUUGGACGCCAGCACAGAGCUCCAAGAAUAUCAAGGGGUGAUUGGUCGACCUGGAGUUGACUUUCCUGUAUUACAAAGUAUACCGAUUACGGAUUUCAGCUGCCGGAAAGUGAGGAGUUCUGGGUACUAUGCUGACUUGUCGACAGAUUGUCAGGUUUUCCACAUCUGUGACGGUGGUCGCAAGAUCUCGUUCCUGUGUCCUAACGGAACUAUCUUUCGACAGUCCCAUUUGAUAUGUGACUGGUGGUUCAAAGUGGAGUGUGAAAGAUCAAUUGAUCACUACGAAGAAAGCGCAGAACAGCUGGCAGCUGACCAAAAGAUCUACCAGGCACGUGCUGAAGCUAUCGCCAAAGCUAUGAAUCAACUCAGUGGACAGAAGCCCUCAGACCCACCGGCAAUUCAGGCGGAUGCAAGUUCUCCGUCAAACACCUCUCAAACAGACCAAUACACCGGUGACGAUAGUAAACAGCAGGCUCAAUAUUUCGUUGACAACCCGGGUUUAUAUCGACCUCGGAGUUUCGUGAAAAGCAAUACAACACCAUUCUCUAGUUCGGAGACCUCGCAAAUCGCGAACUUCUCUUCGACUCCGUCGCCGUUCUCAAAACCUAUCCACGUGGUAUCUGCGCAAGAGAUGGCUGCGCAUCUGAAUUCACAACGACUUCCUGAAAACUACCAAUACCAACAGUCAGCCCAGCCAGGCAAUCAACCCGCUCAAUCCCAAAACCUGCAGAGUACCUAUCAAUACCAGCAGGCUGGUAACAACAAUCAACCCACUCAAUCCCAAAACCUGCAAAACAACUACCAAUACCAGCAGGUUAAUACUAACAACCAACCUGCUCAAUCUCAAACUCUGCAAAGCAACUACCAAUACCAGCAAGCGAGUAAUAAUAACCAACCUGCUUACCAGCAAUCGGAGAAGAAUAAUCUACAGACUCACCAACAAGCAGGGAACAAUUACCAACAAGCUGUGGACAAUAACCAACUAAAUUACCAACCACCCGUUCUUGAAGCAAAAUCUGCCAUAGGCUCCGGCGAGGUAUUAAGUCCACAAAUUGGCGUUUUGAACCAGCAACCCCAACCGGUUGCUCAAUCUCAGUACGCAGCUCCGUUGGUCCAACAGCCACAACCCGGUGCCAAUAGUCAGAAUAUUUUCUCAACAAGGAGUCCACACCCUGUGCCGACACACACUCAGGCUCAGUUCUCUCAAAACCCAGUGAACAGUGUCUCCACCACCCACGGGCCCCUUUACAACUCUUACACGUCCCCUGCGCCUCCAAGCCCUUCGUCACAGUACAUUUCUUCUACAACAGAGCCUACAUUCCAGUUCAACGACAUCAAUGAGCACCAACAAUUAGCAGAAACAGCCGGUUUCGCUAGCAGCAGUGGCUCCGCUUACAGUCGAGUGUACCAACAAAAGCUGAAAUCCACCUCGAGAGACAGUGCUACCACUCCAUCUGGAAACGUCUACUACAGUUAUGCAACAAACCACAACUCCGUAAACGAACCGGACAACUUCUCUGCCUCAACAGAGACACCCGUCUUCUCAGCAAAAGUGUUACCGGAGGAACAGUAUUCGUUCGUCGAACUACUGAGGACCGUCCCUCCAAAUCGGACGUACCACUUCAAUGCCACUCCUACUGACUCCUCGGUCAGUUUCGACCUUAAACCUUCCGUGCCAACCGUGGCCAGGACGUCUCAGGUCAAUCUUCCAGCAGCGAUCAACCAACGUCUAGUCGAUGAUUUGAACUUAGACUACCCUAACUACUAUCCAACGCCUAGUGGUGUCAGCAACACCGACCUCCCCUUGAUCAAUGGAUUGCAGCCUUUCUCAGACGAUAUUUUGUUGUAUGACACGGGGAAGAAACCUACUCCAACUCCAUCGGAUCCCAAACUUCUGCACUCAUUAGCUCUGUAUUUUGCAACAGCGAAUACGAACGCUGAAGGCGAUACGCCACCGACUGUCAGUUGGGUCAAAACUGAAAUUACGACUAAUCUUCCCGGUGAUGGCCUUUCAAUAUCCGGUGUUUUCUCUCAAACUACUGCCACUGAUAGCACAACAGCGGCAUCAACGGAAUUGACUCCUGCAGAUGACCUACCUCCCCUGCUGACAAAAACCACGAAGGACUCGUAUUCAUACCUUUUCAACAAACGAGAUAAUAGCACGUAUGAAACACCUUACAACACGUAUAAUACCUAUAAUUCCUCAGCGAGUGACUUAGAUUCCGUUCGAACGUUAAAAGAACCGUCGAAUAAUGGACUUGAGUAUAGCGAAACUCGAGGUUUGGUUCAGGGAGGCUCACCCAAUACGUCAGAGGACAAAGUAUCGUCCGAGACUGCCAAAAUUAGAGACUCGGUAGACUUGAGGGAGCUGGCAAAAGUAUUCAGCCGCGCUCUUUCAGCAUACCUCGAGGAUCCCGAAAAUUUCCGACGCGUCUUGUCUGAGGUCCGGCCAACCGAGCCCACGACACUUGUAACUCCCGCCGAGCUGACCUCCUCGGAGGACGAAGUGUUGGCAUUCUCCGAAGACACAAAAUCCUUCCCUCAAAGACCCACUGCUGAGAUCACGCCAACGGUCUAUGGAGAUUUUGCAAGCACAAACUCAGAUAGUACAAGAAGUGAAAGUGGACGCAAUUACAAAUUUGAGAACAAUAACAAAACAGCCAUACCGCAACUAUCUAAUGAGUUGACCCCACCUUUCGUUUCCUAUGACGGCUCUAACUCGCUGACAGACACAGAGGCCCCCAUUCUUUUUGCCUCGGAUAUUAAUAACUUUAUCGGCAAUGUCUCUGCCACAGGUCCAGAGUACGACAACUUGUCUCGACAAGGAGAAGCGUCCGAAACCUCCUAUUUUCCCACCGCUGGAGGUGCAAACGACCAAAGCCGGCCACGCUACGGUGGCUUCCACAACAAUUCGGCGCCAGUCACCCCCUCGUAUUCACCGUAUGGAGUUGGAGUUGCAAAACAGCGCACGGGUCAGCCCAUAUCUGAAGCAACUACCCCUCAAUUUACGGUUUCCCCAAUGCUGGACUUCACCGAAACUGGAACCGAGAUUCAGACUACCUACCCCGCCACUCCUAAUUCUUAUGUCGGCGCACAAGACGUAAACAACCUGGUAUCGAACUUCAACUACGAUCAAAAUGUCGACUACGCGAGCUAUAACAACGCCGGUUUCACUGGGGCAGAAACCUCACCGACGCGCGCAACACCUAGUGGCAAAAAUGAAAACCUUAUCGCGUCAGGUAGCCAGUCGUUUGUCUCCAGAGACAACUACCUGCAAUAUCAAAAUGGCUUCGGGCAGCAGCAGCCGAGGAAUCAACUUCAAGGUCCCUCCAAUACGUACAGAACACUACCCAAAGAAGCUGAAUUAGACCAAACGUACAAGAGUGCUCAACAGAGGAAACCUGAGACCUACUUCACAGCAGCUCCCGCUUACUCUUCUCCACUGACACCCUCCAUCAACGCAGCCAGGAUAAACAACGAACUGCGGUCGUAUUACACGCCAACAGCCAACGACGUGGACGCUACAGAGGCUCCGACGACCUUCUGGUCCUCAACGCCGUCGUCCGUGCAACCGACCACAUACCACCCACCAACCACUACCGUCCUCAGAAUGACUCAGUCUCAAAGGAUGUCCGUAACGGUUAAGGGGGGUGGAUCGCCGCGGAUAUCCAACGUAGCAUCGCGACCGUCCGAUAGUGUGCCGAGUGCCACUCAGUCGACGAGAAUCACGUCGAGGAACUACGAGACACAGUCAACCAGGUGGGUGUCAGCGACGGCUAAACCUGAUUAUGGCCACACGUCGUUCAGGCGAUACACGCAGUCGACUUUAGCGCCAUCCACGGCGCAGUCUGUCUCCACACCCGUGCCAUCCACUACGCGAGGCUUCGCAAACUCUUCCGUCGGUUUCGAGGCCAAAGCCAAAGAGAUGUUCGGCAACCUGAACGAGACUUCUGCUGAUAGACUGAUGGAUGUGAUGAACCAAGCAGAGUCAAACGUUACAUUGAGGAGACUGGUGCUUCUGCUGGUGAACGACAAAGGCAGCCGAAACAAGAAGACAACAACAGAGUCCCGCUCGCAGCUGAUCGAGGCCCUGCUCAAGACCUCGGAGAAGUCCUCCUCAGCCUCGGUCAUCCACCCCAAAGUGGCGGCACCCUCAACCUCCGACAAGCAGACGAAGCACAGGAAAGAGCCCCGGCGAGACGAACUCGCGGCCCGGGCCACCUCCCGAUUCACGGCGACCACCUACGCCCAGUCGCCCAGCCCCGCGUCGACGACGACGACGACAACGACGCCGAGGCCGACGACGACGAACGGCGACGCCUGGUCGACACGGACGUCGAGACGGACGGCGUCGACGACCACGACAACGACGAGUCCCUGGGCCAAAUACCAGUCGACUAACGAUCUGGCAACAGACUCGGAUUCACGCGCCGUCGAGCUACUCAAGUCCCUGUAUACGCUCGCCGCUAGGUGGGGCUGAGGCCCGAGUCCACGUCGAGUUUGAGCUAGUCCAGGGGUCAUCUGCGCGGGAAGGGAA